AACAAUAUCAAGUAUUUGAAAAUCUCAAUGAGGGAAUUUAUGGUGUGUGUGUGUGUGUGUGUGUGUAUAAUAUUUAUCUCAUUCCUAAUAACUUGUAAUUUACACUUCCAUAUGUAUAUCUUGCAAAUUUCUUCCUACUCAUUGUGUGCUUCUAUCAUUUUUUUCUCUUCUAUCAAAAGAACCUUUACGGUAAUUUUUGUAUUUUAUUUCUGCUGACUGAGUAAUUUCUUUUUAAGUGUGGAACAAUACAAAUAGAAGUUGACACAGGUGGGUCAUUUUCAUAUCCUAAACCUCAAAUUAAUGCAAAAGAUAGUGGUAAAGGCAUCUUCCCUUUACAUUCAUUAUGCCAUCUGUUAUUCUGUUUCUGUAAAAGAAAUGUCCUCUUUGCCUUAGUUCCAAUUACUUGGUCUGGACUUACCGUAAUGUCUUCGCUUUAUUCAUCUCAGCUGACAAGCAUUCUGGCCCAAAGCCUCUUAAUGUUGAAGAAGAACAGUUUAUGCGAGUAUUUAAUGAGGAUGAGCUUCGGGAAGUCUGUAGUGCCUUUUACUUCCCUAAUAAAAUUCAGGUAACAGCUCUCAUAUACUUCAAAAGAUUUUAUCUGCAAUGGUCUGUCAUGGAACAUCACCCAAAAAAUAUAAUGUAUGAUUCUUUUGGACGUCUUUUGCAUAUGUUUACAUAAAAUUAAACCUAUUUUUCAUUGGAUCUUGUAUUAGAAUCAGUCCUGAAAUGCUCUAAGAAUAAGCUACAAGUCAGUAAAUUCUAACAACUAUUUAAACUACUUGAGGGCAUGCUAUUGGUGUUUUUGCUGAAUGGAAUGAUAUGGUGAUCUGCUCAAGUUACCUUCCUGGUUUCCCCAUCCCACUUUUUAUGCAAAUGAAAAAAUUUAUUUAUAUGUACAGGUUAACCUGUGUCUACGCAGCCUGUAAAAUAGAAGAAAAUCAUGUAUCAGCAGAGGAGCUUGGUAAGGGGAUUCCACAGGAUCAUCAAAUAAUUCUCAAUUAUGAGAUGACUGUUUAUCAGAGUUUGGAAUUUGAUCUCAUUGUUUAUGCACCAUAUCAUUCAAUUGAAGGUUUUGUCAAUGAUAUUGAGGAAUUCUGUGGAACAAAUGAUGAACAAACUCAAAUGCUGAAGAUGGCAUUGGCUGCCUUGUGCAGAGCAAAUGAAGUGCAUGGAUUAAUUGACUUUGAGAGUUACCUUAUGAGCAUUCUCACUCACCAAAGAUCUGCCCACACCAUUCUGGAGCUUACUGAAUCUUUGAAUGCUAUAGAUUCUUGGGUUCUGAAAUUUAAGUUCCCAACAGAGAAGGAUAUGAAGCACAUCAAUCGCAAGUUGAAAUCUUGUUUGGGUCAUGGCACACAUGAUGAAAAAAAGCGGGAGAAGAAAUCAGGGCACAGGUCUCAUAAGAGUUCAAACAAAGUUCAUAACGGGCCUAUUGCAUAAAUCAAUCUUUUAGUUUCAUUGAACACCGCUAGUUUAUAACUCCGCCUCCGAGAUUUGUCGAGGGCACUGCCAUCAUCUGGGCAAUGUGAGAGGGGAUAAACUAGUAACUUGAAAGAAUAACCUGUUGCCAGUCAUACUAACUUUUGGAUUGGAUUUCAGGCGGAUGGAUUUUCGCGGGUUUUUGCUUCUUGAAACAGUCUAACGUGGCAGAGAAAUUAUGUGUGUUUAAGACACUGAAUUUUGCAUCAGAUUCCGCGAAACUAUUUUCUUUUAGAUGAAAUUGGGGUUUGAUGAUCUGAAGGGUCUCUAAAGAAAUGGUUUAGGCUUAAUGACAUCUAGCAUAGCUCAAC